UGACAUUGACAAUCGACAUCAAGAUUAGAUUACAUAUUUUUUGUCGGACAACAUUCAUUUUUGAAAUUCGUUGGUUAUUGCAAUGAUUACGAUCGUGAUAUGAGAAGGUGUCUUAAGGCUGAGCGAUUGCAACGACAAAAUCGAAAUUAUGAGGAAUCUAAAAUAAAACACGCAGCAAUUCGAGCUAGAAUAUUAGCGCAAGAAAGAGAAAAGAACUUAUAAAUUAUCUAUUUAAAAUACAGUACUUUGGUAUUCACAAUGGGAUGUAACAUCUUGGAGUCCAUAGAAUUGGAUAGUAUUAUCAAUCAUAAGUCAUUCACGGAUAGGUAUUUUGCCAAAAGGUUCAUUGUUAAUUUCAAUGGUGUUAAGAACAAUGAUAUUAUGUUAAUGUUUCAUUCAAAUCGAAUUGCUUUAUUAUGUCUAGCACCAAGCCAUUUCUUUUUUAAAAACAAUCAAACAUAUAAGCUGAACUUUUCAGUGGGUAAUAUUGAUAGGCUCCGUAAUUCUGUGAAAGGUAAAAGUAAGAAAGGUGGACAGAUGCUGACUCCCAAGUCUGUAAUAUGUAAAAUUGAGUAUGAUGAUGGUUCCAGUUUUGAUGUACCAUGUUGUAUGAAGAGUACACUUAUAGAAGUCAAUGAAGAACUAGUGGUGAAUCCAGAAUUAUUAAAGAAAAAGCCUGACGCUGAUGGCUUUAUUGCGAUCAUGUUAUCAAGUAUUGCAAUAUCUGAUGCCACAAAAAAAGAACUUCUAACAUAUGAAGAUUAUAUAAAAGUAGUUAAUGAUAAUGUUAGUAGUAAUUAGAUAAUAAAUAAUUCAUCUUGUA